AUGAUCAUGCACGCACCCGUCAGGCAGACGGAAGUUCACCCGUGCGCCGUGCGUAAUUACGCAUCGGCACCGCUGUACCAUCUCAACAAGCCUUCCAGCGGGAAGUCUUUCACCAUCGACGCGUUGCUCGCCCUGCCCGCGGACCGGGGCCACGAGCGGCCGAGCAGCGUCACCCCACGCGGACUAAAAUACCAACAGACGGCCGCCCCCCUUCCGCCGCUCGCGGGACACCCGGGCCUUCAGAUGCCCCCCGCGGCGUACCUGUACUCCCCCGGCCUGCUCCACCCGCAGCCGCCUGGGUACAACGUCUACUGCUGCCCGCCCUUCUCCUUCCCGUCGUCAUGCCAUGGGGGAUUUUACGCACAAGACUCGCCAUCUAAAGGUCACGGAAUCCACUCGUUCAAGACCAAGGGAGGAAAGUCCAAACGCAUGCGCACUAGCUUCACCAACGAGCAGCUGUCCCGGCUGGAGAAGGAGUUCGCGCGCCAGCAGUACAUGGUCGGCUCGGAGCGGUUCGUCCUGGCGUCGAACCUGCAGCUCACCGAGGCCCAGGUGAAGGUCUGGUUCCAGAACCGACGCAUCAAGUGGCGCAAGCAGAGUCUCGAGCAGCAGCAGGCCAAGCUCGCGAAGCUGGGGCUGGCCGCGCCCCCGCCGCGCGCCUCUAGCCCGGGCUCCCAGGGUCACGGGGACGAGGAAGGCGAUUGCUCGUGCCCGUCCGACGUUGACAUCGAUGUGUCGGACGACUUCAUCGACCACUGCUGA